GUCACCACAGUUCAGUACGUCAUCGGCCCUGAUUUUGUUUAUUAGGUCCUGAUUUGGUUUGAGUUUGAGGUUAAUUUGUAAACUGUAUAUUAUAGAAAUUAUAAAUCGAACCAAGUCUGAUUAAUUAUGGAUUCUGAAGUAGUUAAAGAAAAAAUACAAACAGAACCAAUGUUGAACGACCCUCGAUACAUAACCUUGCUAAGUGUUAUUGUGCUAGUAUUUACCUUAGUAUUUUGGUGGUGCUUCACCCGCCGGCGCCAUGCCCGCCGAUCAGUGUUGCUCACCGGACUGUCGGACUCCGGGAAGACAUUGCUGUUUGUGCAACUGGCUUAUUCUCAAUACAGACAGACCUUUACCUCAAUGAAAGAGAAUGUGGAAGAGUACAUCACAAGCAAUAGCUCUCUAAAACUAGUUGAUCUGCCUGGACAGGAGAGGCUGCGUAACAAAUUCUUUGAUCAGUACAAGAACGGCGCCAAAGCUAUAGUUUAUGUUAUCGACUCUGUCACCAUUCAGAAGGAAAUACGAGAUGUUGCUGAGUACUUGUACACGAUUCUCGUGGACCCCGUGGUGCAGAGUAACUGUCCUCCGGUCCUGAUCUUAUGUAAUAAGCAAGAUCAACCGCUGGCUAAGGGCAGCCAAGUUAUAAAGAGCCUUCUUGAAAAAGAACUGAACCUUGUACGCGUGACGAAAUCCAGCCAGCUUCAAUCCGUGGACCCCGCGCAGUCGAACAACUCCACAUAUCUCGGGAAACUAGGCAAAGACUUCGAGUUUUCUCAUCUUAGUUGUCGCGUCGAUAUCGCAGAGAGUUCAGCCACCACAGGCGACGACGACGACCCGGCCAAUAUCAAGUCUGUGCAGGAUUGGAUCUCAAGACUUUAAUGCAUUUAUGAAGACUGGAUUUUGGAUAAACCGUGCAAUAUUCACGCUCUUGAUUGUAGUCAGGCGAGAUGGUGUUGCCCUAUUUUCGUUUCAUUCUGGAUGUUGUUUCAUUUAAAAAUUUAAACUGAAAGAGCGAUUUCUAAAUCCGGUCUUCCGGAAAUACUCUUAUUUUAAAAUAAAAUGUGUGUGUUUUUAUAAGUGCAGAUAUCAAAUAUUUUCAUUGUUUUUACUGCAAAAAAUUCUAAGAAACUUUCCAUUUGAUUGUGAUAAGAAAGAAGAAUAAUAAUAAGAAAAAUGUUGAUAGCAUGAUAUGUGGUUUGUCUAUGAAAGUAUUAUUGUAUGGAGAAUAUCUUUGAUUAAUAAAUAGUUGCUUAUUGAAAA